AUGUUCGGGAGCUGCCCGGCGGAGCGGGGCCCCCCCAUGUACCCGGGGUCGCUGCGGGCCGGGGGCGGGCCGGGGCCCCUGGCCGGCCAGUCCUUCGGGCCCGGCCCCCCGUACGCCGACUACAUGGGCUACCCGGCCGGCCCCGGCCUCGACGGCCCCGGCCAACAGCAGCAGCAGCAGCAGCAGCAGCAGCAGCAGCAGCAGCCGCCGCCGCCGCCGCCCCCCGCGGGCUGGGGGCCGCCCUACGGGCCCCCCCGGGAGGACUGGGGCGUCUACGGGGCCGGGCCCUCCGCCGCCCCCGCCCCGGGGCCCUACGGCUCCCCCGACUACGGCGCCCCGGCCGCCCCCGGGCCCGGGGGGCCGCCGCCCGGGGCCGCCGCCGGAGCCCACCCGCUGCCCCCCGCCGCCCAGAGGCAGGUCGCCUACGAGUGGAUGCGCAGGACCGUCCAGUCGGCCGCCGCGGGGAAAACGAGGACACGAGAAAAGUAUCGGGUGGUAUACACGGAUCGGCAGAGGCUGGAGCUGGAGAAGGAAUUUCAUUACAACAGAUACAUCACUAUCCGGAGGAAAUCAGAGCUGGCUGCCAACUUGAGGCUUUCGGAGAGACAGGUGAAGAUCUGGUUCCAGAACCGCAGAGCCAAAGAGCGAAAACUCAUGAAGAAGAAAAUGACUCAUUUUGACGGCAGCUUAGGCACCAUCCAGAGUGACUCAGGGUCCGUGAGCCCCGUGCCCGGAUCCGACCCGGUGACUUGUUCGGACAUGUCCGGGGCCUUGUUCCCCCCGCCGCCCCCACCCCCUCCGCCACAGCCACCGCCGCCCACCCUGGCUCUCAAUGGACUGGCCAUGCAGCAAGUCAUUGUCUCUCAGUGA